AUGCUAAACCAGUCCAGUCUGCCUGCAGUCUUCAUCUCUAGCAGUGAAGAUGUCUGUGUAGUCAUUGAGGAGGCGUUUGAACUGGGGGUCAAGGCCAUUAUUGCUACGCUGUCACAAGUCGCACAAGUCGUGUAUGGCUUCAGUCAUCUCAGCAGGCGGGGUUGGGGUGGUGCACUGGUGGUGGGUGUGCUGGUGGGCAGUUGGACGGUGGUCUGGGCUGCUGGGGCGAAGAAGCACACGGGCUCAGUGCCUGCUGGGCAGUGGCUGCUUGGUGACUGGCUCAUUGGUCUUUGGGACUGUCCCUUCCCCGACCAGACUGGCGCACCAGUCUUCAUGCCGAGGCUGAUGACUGUCCCUGAUAUGUUAACACGGGCCCCCCCAGUGGGUCAGCAGGUCCAGCCCGAUGAUGCACGGAUCCCGAAUUUUGGUGAGCCAGAACUCGUGCGCCAGCUCCUGGUCUCAGGCCUGGACUCGCACUUGGCUGGUGUUCUACGCGCCGUAUCUGUGCUGCUCACUAGGGGGCGAUGGGUGAUGGUGGGCACCGUACACUCCCCGGUGCUGGCCCUCCUGGCCUCUAGGGGGCUAUCGGUGGCAACGAGUGGUGACGCUGCCUUGCCAGCUUCAGAGACAAGUGUGACCAAGUUUAAAAGGGCAAUCUAUAACGGAGAUGUCUUGGCUGCAGAAGAACUCGUGAACAACGGUGUAGAUGUGGAGACAAGACUGGACUCCGAAUGGACACCGCUCAUGUAUGCCGCCAGUGUAGCCAACUACAACAUGGCUAAGCUGUUAUUGGACAGAGGGGCCAGCGCCAACUUCUGCAAAGACCAACACACUGUGCUCAUGGCUGGCUGUAAAGCAUGUGCUAGCGAGGACAAGAUCGUCCACUGUGUGGAGCUGCUGCUGUCCAGAAAUGCAGAUCCCAAUGCACCAGACAGGUUUCGUAUGACCUGCCUGAUGAUAGCAGCCAGGGAGGGCUUCAUUAAACUCAUUAACCUGCUGGUAUCUUAUGGGGCAAAGGUCAAUGCCCAACAUUCCAGUGGAUACACGGCCUUGUCUAUGGCAGUGCGGAAUGGCAAAAGGGAAGCUGUCCUGAAACUCCUCCAGUUGGGAGCAGACAAGACCAUAAAGACUAAUGGUCACAUGACUCCUGCUGAGCUAGCCGUUGUCUUCAAGCACCCACAGAUAGCUGACCUCCUGACCUCUUCAACCCAGUUCUCCACUAGUCAUAGACCCAGAUCAAAGGAAGAGGACCUUUCAGAGGUCAAUGUUGAAUCUGAGCCUCUUGCCUCUAAACAAAGUUUGGCCCAGCUGGAUGACAUUCAGCUUCUCCUGCACGGCCUCAACCUUAGCCACGUCUACGACAUCUUGAUUGAAAAUGACAUCACCUGGAACUGCCUGUUAACCAUGGAGAAGGAAGACCUGGAGAAGAUCGGUAUCACAGAGCCAGAGGACCAGCAGAAGGUGUUGCGUGCCAUGCACGACAUGCAAUUGAACAGCGUGGACCUGGAAACCCUGGGACAGCUAGACGACGUAGACACUGGGAGUGAGGAGCUGUGCAACUUUUUGAUCAGUCUGAGUAAUCAGAGCCGCUAUCUGAGCGAGACGGUUCAGGGUGCUGUCAGCCGCUUCCCCCAGCGACCCUCAGAGCUGGUACUCUCUUUGGACCCCAAAAAGAAGGCCCAGGCCAUCUGCAAUGACCUGGUGAUCCAAAUUGGAGACCUUCAUAAAGAGGUCACCUGUCUACAUAACCUGUUGUGCCAGAUGAACCAGACCGGAUGUUCCCUUUUGCUUCCUCAACCUGGUUCCCACGGCGGCUGGAGGAGGCGGUUCAUUACCAAGGCCAUGCUGGGUGCUCUCGGUGCCACCGUCCUCUUCCUCCUCUCCAGAGUGGCUAAAAGAAAGGUUCACCUGUAG